AUGACUGUUGAUUCGGCAUUUAAAAAUAUAAAACGGGGACAAAGUAAUUUUCUAAUAUGGCGUGUGGAAAAUUUCGAACUUAAACCUGUCCCUAUUUCACGCUAUGGAAAUUUCUACGAAGGAGAUUCCUACAUUGUUUAUUCUGCUUUUCCAGUUAAUCAAACGUCCAGGUCCGAAGAAGGUAAAUUAGAAUAUCACAUACAUUUUUGGCUUGGUUCUUCCACAACAACUGAUGAAUCUGCAACAGCUGCUAUAAAAACUGUAGAACUGGAUGAAGUUUUAAAUGGCGAUGCUGUGCAACAUCGUGAAGUACAAAAUCAUGAAUCCAAUCAGUUUAAAUCAUAUUUUAAAAAUGGGAUUCGUAUCCUAAAAGGAGGAGUAGCUUCAGGUUUCCAUCACGUCACCGAUGACUUUGUAUCACGAUUAUAUAAAAUUAAAGGAAAAAGAAGACCGACCAUGACCGAACAACCCGCAAUAUCUUGGGAAUAUUUUAACUCUGGAGACAUUUUUAUAUUAGAAACGAGCUCAAGGAUUUUUGUUUGGAUUGGAAAAAAAGCAAACAAAAUGGAAAAAUUUCAAGGCGGAAAGAUCGCAUUGCAAUUAAAAAAUGAAGGACCGCAAAGGUCCAUUGUUUACGUUGAAGAAGAUAAAGAAUAUCAUUUACAAUCUGAUGAUUUAGAAGAUUUUGAAAAACAUUUAAGUUUAGAUAAAAGAAUUAUAAAUGAAGCUGAAAAUGAUGUGGACGACACAGAAAACGAGCAAAAUUUAUGCGAAGAAAUUCGUUUGUAUAAAUGCACCGAUGAAAGUGGUUCAUUUAAUACAACAUUCGUUAAAAAUGGUCCCAUCAAACAAGCUGAUCUCGAUUCUAACGAUAGUUACAUUAUAGUAAAUGGUAAAUCUCGAGUUUGGGUUUGGAUAGGUAAAAAGGCAUCUGCCGAAGAAAGAUCAAAGGGAAUGACAACAGCACAAGAAUUUUUAAAAAAAUAUUUAGAUUCGGAAAAAGUAUGCGUUACAAAAGUCGUCGAUAAUGGCGAACCUGUUGAAUUUAAAAUGCUUUUUGCUGAUUGGAUCGAUAAAAACAGUUCGUUGGGAUACAAGAUAAGAAGUCCGACUAAGAAAAUCGUUAAUUCAAAUUUUGAUGCGGCUAAAUUACACGAAACACCAUCUUUGGCGGCAGAAACACAAUUGAUUGACAAUGGCUCCGGUGAAACUUUUAUUUGGAGAUUACGUAAUAAAGAAUUGGAAGCCGUUUCGCCAGAUUAUUUCGGUGUAUUUUUUUCUGGAGAUUGUUAUUUAAUUCAAUAUUCAUAUGAUUGUAACGGGAAAAGAAAAUAUCUUUUGUACUUUUGGCUGGGUGCACAUUCAUCAGUUGACGAAAGAGGAAUCAUUGCUUGGCACACAAUAAAAAAAGAUGAAGAAUUACAAGGAGCUGCCAUUCACGUGAGGCUUGUCCAAUCAAAAGAAGAUCCUCAAUUUUUAAUGAUAUUUAAGGGAAGAAUGAUAAUAUUUAAAGGAGGUUACGCAUCAUCUUUCGACGGAAAAGAAGGAAAAAAUAGUAACAUCCCAUCGAAAUUUCUUGUCCAAGUUAAAGGUAGCGAAGAAUAUACAACUCAAGCAGUUGAAGUGGAAUACAGUGCAUCAUCUCUAAACACAAACGAUGUAUUUAUUUUACAUUGUGACAAAAAAAUUUUUAUAUGGUAUGGAAAAGGUUCGACAGGAGAUGAAAGAGAAAGAGCCAAAGAUAUUGUUAAACAUUGGUUACCAUCAAACGAUUAUCAGGUUUUAUUCGAAGGAUCAGAAGUUGAAGAAUUUUGGAAACUUUUGGGUGGUAAACAACCUUACGCCAAUUACGAAAGGCUUACACAUCCAGAAUUAAAAUUUCCAGCAAGACUUUUUCACUGUUCGAACGCUUCGGGAUGUUUUAAAGCCGAAGAAAUUAUGGGUUUUACUCAAUACGAUCUCAUACCGAACGAUGUUUUCGUGUUAGAUAUUGGCACUGCUAUUUUUAUAUGGAUCGGACGGGGGGCUAAUGCUGCCGAAAGGUCACAAUCUAUCGUAUUAGUAGAAGAAUAUUUAAAAAAGGAUCCACGUGGUAGAGAUUUAGAUUGUCCGAUAACGAUGGUUAAACAAGGUUUCGAACCACCAAAUUUUACCGGAUUUUUCGGUCCAUGGGAUAAAGAUCUUUGGGAAUCGUCUUUAUACAGCGAAUUUUACACGGAUGGUAAAAUGGAUACGCCUAACAUUAUCGGUUCCGGUGAAGAAAUAAUAGAAAUAAACAAACAAUCGACAAAAAAAACGGUUUAUCCAUUAACGAUGUUAGCUAAUAAAAAUGCAGACGAAAUUCCAAAAGAUGUUGAUUUAACGCAAAAAGAGUUUUACAUAAGCGAUGAAGAUUUCGAAUCGGCUUUCGGAAUGAAAAGAAUUGAAUAUUUAUCACUUCCAAAAUGGAAACAAAAUAAUUUAAAAAAACAAAUCGGCCUUUUUUAA